UUCGCCAUUCAGCAUGAGCCUGUAGGAGAAAGUGUGUGACAAAGUGCGAGUUCAGUGCGGCGACUGGUACACGGGUCGUGGCCGCGCAGUUGCCCAGGGCACGGCGUUGUUGUUGUUAUUUUAUCAUCGAGUUACUAUACUUGGGACGGCGUUGCACGACAACACCUCGACGACGCAGUGGCAGCAGCUCUGUGGAUACAACAAGGCGAACACAACGACGCCCACCGUCGGCCGGGUGUUUUAUCUGCCAUUUUUCGGUGCCACAUCGGUGGUGGCCGUGGGCCAGGGCCAUUUGCUUACGACCGCUUCCAUCCGCGUCCACCGGACCAGGACUGCGGUGCCCGCGUGUGUGUGGGGGGUGGGGGCGCGUUUUACAGUGCACAGUGCAGUGAGUAAAGUCCUCCGGUGCCCGGGCGCUUUCCAUUCGGGAGCGUUUUUCUUUUCCGUGCCCUGGUACGUGUUCGUUGGUUGGUUCGUUCGUUCAAAGCCAAGCAAAUGGCGAACGUGGCGCGUGGCGCCUUCGAUCUGCGGGGCCUUGAUCCGGUCGACAAAGCACUGGCACCGCCAGUGGACCGACGCCUCGCCGCAUCGUCCAGGACGCCUCAGCCUGCUGCCAGCGAUCAAGACAAUCAACCGGCCGUAAUACACUACGUUAACCCGUUCGUUCACAAACUCGUAUGGGACGACCCGAUUGACAAACUGAAGACUGCCCUGCUCACUGUUUUCCUGCUACCCUUCCGGGUGAUGCUGAUUCUGGUAUGCCUUUCCAUGGCCUGGACACUAGCGCACAUCGGUCUGUUCGGACUUUCGGCGGAAGACCUGCGGACGAAGCCGCUGCGCGGUUGGCGCCGGCAGCUGCGCCACAUUACCGCCCUGGUGAUGCGCGCCUUGUUCCUGUGCGGUUCGUUCAACUUCAUCCGGUACAAGGGAGCGCGGGCGUCCCCCAAGGAGGCACCGGUGAUCUGUGUGGCCCCCCACACCUCCUUCUGUGAUUCGAUCGCUGUCAUCGUCUGCGGUCCGUCGGCCGUCGUCGCGAAGUACGAGACAGCGUCACUACCAUUCUUCGGAAAGUUGAUCGAUUACGCGCAGCCGAUCUACGUUUGCCGCGAGGAUGCGCACUCGCGCCAGACCACGAUCCAGGAGAUCAUCCAGCGGGCCAACUCGCCGGAGGACUGGCCGCAGAUACUAAUCUUCCCCGAGGGCACCUGCACCAACCGCACGUCGCUGAUCCAGUUCAAGCCGGGUGCGUUCUACCCCGGCGUACCGAUCCAGCCCGUUCUGAUGCGCUACCCGAACAAAAUCGACACCGUCACUUGGACCUGGGAGGGCCCGGAUGCAUUGCAGCUCCUGUGGCGCACUCUGACCCAGUUUCAUACGUUCUGCGAGAUCGAGUUUCUACCGGUGUACCAUCCGACCGAGGCGGAGAAGGCGGACCCGAAGCUGUACGCGCGGAACGUGCGCAACCUGAUGGCCCGGGCGCUCGAUAUACCGAUCUCGAAUUACACGUUCGACGACUGCAAGCUGAUGACGUUCGUGAAGAAUGUACGCAUGCCGUACGCGGCGUCGAGUGCCGACAUAAGUAAGCUGCGCAGAACGCUACGUCUGGACGAACGAAAUCCCGAGCUGGCAAUCGUGCGCCAGGAGCGAGAGUUUAGCGGCCAAAACAGUUUCGUUGCACUGGCGACGUUCGCCCAGCGGCUGGCGAUACCUGCGAAAGAUGAAUCGACGAUUGGACUUUUUAAAGUCUUCCUCAAGACCUCAGAUAGCAGCGUUAUUGACUUCAGGGAAUAUCUGUUGCUUGCGCUGUUUCUGAUCACACUGUACACCCCGAAGGUGGCAUUCGUAGAAGGGCUGUUUCACCUGUAUGGUGUCGAUGGGCGCGUCAAUCGCGAUCAGCUGUACGAUACGCUGAAGUAUCUCGUGCGAAUCUCACGCCAGGAAGUGGACAACAUUUUUAUCGCCAGUGACUCGACAAACUCGGGAUCGAUCGGUUUCGGCGAGUUUUGCGCGACAGUAGAGCGCAUGGCGCCGCUACACAGUAAGCUGCAGAAGAACAAUGAUCCCAACAACCUGCACUUGGGAUAGGAAGACAGCAGAAUUGGGAACGUGUUGGACCAUUAUCACCAUUAACUCGCAGAACCAUCAACCCACGUCCGCAGUUCGUCGCGUACACUGGCACUAACAUUCCUUAUUGAUUGCGUGUUGCCAUUGUUUUUGCGCGUUUUCCUCGUUUGGCCGUUUGGCGCUCAUUGUUUUCCACGUUCCCCGCCCUCGCGCAUU